AGUUUUUUACUGCUAUAAACCCGUUAGACCCGUAAACAUGGUCCACACGAACCGGGUGUAAAUAAAGGAACCAGAACUUAUUGAAAGACCAAAGGGAAAUACCUAUAAAAUACCAAUUUUGUCACUGUACUGUGGAUGUUAUGACUGCCGAGGCUGUGAUGAAGAAAUUCACCAGGACAUCGGAAUCUGCCAGUGUUGAGUGUGUUAGGAUUUAUUAUUAGGACCAGCACUCGUUAUUAAGGUAUAAAUAGGUAGGAUUUAUAUAGUGAACUCCAGGUCUACGUACACCAGCUUCCCAAAAAUGGUUGAUGAAAAGGAUUUAGUUCGCAAGAGAGGCAGUUGCAAAGGUCAACUCACCUUAUUUACUAAAUACCUAGGCCAAUUGGAGGAAUCAUCAUUGACUCAAGCUGAAGCUAGUCAACUGCAGUUGCGUAUAGGUAAGAUUGAGGCAUUGUAUGAACUUUAUGAUGAUGUACAGACACAGUUAGAGUGCAGCAGUGAUAAUUUGGAUGCACAUAUGACAGAGCGAGAUGAGUUUCAAAAUAACUACUUCUCUGUACUUUCGCGGGCCCAGGACAUGCUCAGUAAUUUCAUUAAAAAACGUGACGAGUUUGAGUCAUGUAGUAAUCGUGGGUCGCGAAGUGGUGCAAAUAAUCGUAAGCUGGUUAAGCUGCCAACUAUUCAGUUACCGAAAUUUCAGGGUUCGUACGAGAAUUGGCUAGGUUUCAGAGAUACUUUCACAAGUCUGAUUCAUUCUAACGAUGAUAUCGAUAACAUUAAUAAAUUUCAUUAUUUAAGAGCAUCGUUGGAAGGAUCUGCGGCCUUGGUUAUUAAUUCUAUUCAGUUUUCUGGGAGCAAUUAUGAGGUGGCAUGGACACUCUUGUGUGAGCGGUACGAUAACAAAAGGGUGCUAUUGCAAAACCAUGUAUCUGCUUUGUUUAACAUCGAGCCAAUCACCAAGGAGUCGUCCGUGCAUUUAAAACGGCUUAUAGAUCACGUAAACAAAAACUUGAGAUGCCUAGAAUCCCUAGGCGAGCCUGUCAAACAUUGGGACACGCUCCUUAUUCACAUGAUUAGCAAUAAAUUAGACGCUACGACAUUUCGUGAGUGGGAGGAACACAAAGGAAGCUUUGAUAAGAAUGUACCCAUUUCAUUUGAUAUUUUUAUCAAUUUUAUGCGGAAUCGUGCAGAUUUGAUUGAAACCUUAGAGUUAUCGAGCGCCUCUAGCGCCGGUCAAUCUAGUCAGCCGGCUAAAAUCGCAUCUAAACAUAGGGUUUUGCUUUCUACUCAACCCACUGAACCCUGUGUCACUUCUCAGUCUCAAAUAUGUCCGAAAUGUAAUGGUGAGCAUAGCUUAAAUAACUGCUCUCAGUUUCUCGCGUUAAGCAAUAUCGAGCGGCUUAAUUUGCUGCCGAAUUAUAAAGUUUGUUUCAAUUGCUUCCGACGAGAUCACUAUGCAAACCAUUGCAAGAAGGCAGGUUGUGGAAUUUGUAAGCGCAAGCAUAAUGCACUCGUUCAUGUCACAGAGCAUAAGCAUAAAACGGAAUCAAGUUCGUGCGAGCGGCCCGCGUCACCGGCUUCAACGGCGUCGCCGCCGGCUGCCGCCUCCGUCCCUGUGUUAUCGGCUCGCAUACGAGUAGCAACUCCACAUUCGAAUGCAUCUGAACCAGACGUCGGACUACUAACCACUGCAUUAAUUAAAGUAUAUGGGCAUGACAAUCGCGAGAUCAUAGCCAGAGCAGUUUUGGAUAAUGGUAGUGCGUCUUGUUUUAUGACUGAGAAGAUGUGUCAGCAGUUAAAUUUACAUACUAAUCAAGUAAAUAAAUCGAUUACAGGCAUAAACAAAUUAAAGUCUCACGUAGGUAAAACGUGUCAGGUGCCAAUUAAAUCGUUAGAUGACACCUACUCGACUUAUUUAAAUUGUUCUGUUUUGCCAUCAAUAUCUGACGAGAUGCCUUAUCAACAGAUAGACAUAUCACGAAUGAAUAUUCCGUCUAACAUCUGUUUAGCUGAUCCUAACUUUCAUAAGCCAUCUGAGGUUGAUAUCUUAAUUGGGGCUAACCUGUUUUGGAACUUGUUAGGGUCGCAUAAAAUUGAACUAAGUGAUGGUCAGACGAUACUAUUUCAGACUAAGCUUGGGUACAUAGUCGCAGGCCCAACAAACAGCGGUCAAGUAUCGGCUCCAUCGCGUAUCAAUUGUUAUUUUACGAAUGUCGCCUCUUGCGCUAUUAAUAAAUUGCUUGACGAUGAGACUCGAACCCAACUCAUGCGGUUCCAGCAGUCUGCGAAGGGCUGCACUAAGCAAUCUCAUCAUUCCUCGAACAGGAAAUUGGAUAGAAAGCAUUUAACUAAGGUUUUCACUAGGCAAGAAGAUAAAAUAUUCUCAUAUAUGUAA